UUCAUAUCGCUCUCCACCCAGCCCUAGAAUAAAAACCACCGGUGACGUGCGCGCAGGGAAGCACCCAGCAGUAUGUGCGCGCCCACGGGAGGGGCCGAUAGAAAAUGGCGAGUCUGUGCAAAAGGCAGCAAUGCACGAUAGAGAGGCGCGGCUUUCGGCAGGAACUUGACUCUUGGAGGCACAAACUCAUUCACUGUGUAGGCUUUGAGAGCAUCUUGGAAGGCUUGUUUGGGCCGGGACUAGUCAAAGAUAUCACUCUGUUUCAAGACUGCGAGCCAGAAGAAGUGUCUGACUGGUCCUUUGAUGAAAACUGUCUCUUCUGCUGCUUAAGACGUGAGAAAGUCAAGGACCACAGUGUAGAGAACGGUAGAGGCAGCCACGUGCUGUCGGAGUGUGAAGACUUCAAACAGGAGCAGUCUCGGAUCAGCCGGCUGGAGAGACAGGCCCAAGACUUCCUCAAUGCUGUUUUCCACAGAAAAGACCUCCCAAGUUUCUCAGACCCUCACAUUCCUCUAGUGGCUCGUGAGAUCAUGCAGCGAAUGAUCCGCCAGUUCGCUGCCGAAUAUACCUCAAAAACUACUCAGGACGACCCGCCCCUGCCCAACGGCACCAUGAAGGACCAAAGCCUGCCAAGAGCGGUGGCUCUGGCCCCGGCCCCGAGCUCCUCGCCAGGGCCCCUGCCUGCGCCAAGCUCCCCUCCAUCGUCUGCCUCCUCCUCUCCAUCCCCAAUCCCGGGGCUCGGCUUCAGCCCCACCUCCGCUGCUGCCGCCUCAGCACCCCCCUGCACCCAGAGCAGCAACGGUACGGGAGCCAGUAAUGGUGGAGGAGGAGGAGGCACAGCUGCUGCCUCUGCACAGAAUCCUGUCCUCAGCAAGCUUCUCAUGGCCGACCAGGACGGCCCGCUGGACCUCACCGUUAAAAAGAACCAGGCUGAUCCAGAGCCCAGCCAGCAGGACGGCGUCCUGGACCUCUCCACCAAGAAGAACCACAGCACAGGCGGCCCUAAACCCGGUUAUACCGCUGCACCGGGGGUCAAAGGGCGUUCCCUCAAAGUGGAACACAACCUGUCAGAGGUGGAGGAGGAGGACGGCCUGCUGCAGAGAAGUUUGCAGGACGGACUGAGAGAGAACUACUCCAACUCCUUCAAGCCCCCACUGGCCCGCUCGCUGCGUAUCAAGGAGGAGCUCCUCAGCCAGAAGCACCGCCUUUUGAGCCAGCCCGCUGCCCUCUCAUUGGCUAAUCUCGAGUCAGCUGGCUUGCUCAACCACGGGCAGUCCCACUCCUUGCUUGGCCAGAAGGGCUCUUCCUCUUUCUGGGGAAGCAAGGCCCACCUUGAAAGCCUCAUGAAGCUAAAGCAGGCCAGUGGAGCUCUGAGCGACCUCAAAGAUCUGCCAACAUUCCUGGAGAAUCACCACCACAACCACCACGGAGCCUUCUCCUAUAAGAGUUCCCUCCACCAUCACCAUCACAAUCAGGUCUCAAAGGUCCAACAUCACCACAAUGACGGCAAGAGAGACCAGGGCCACUCGCCUCCUGUUGACCUCAAGAUCCCUCAGGUUCGGGGCAUGGAUCUCUCCUGGGAUUCCCAUGCCUCUGAGCUGUACGGCUAUGGGGCCAUGGGGGUUGGAGGUGGUGGCCACGGGGAGAACACCCUGAGCCGGAAGCUGAGAGCCAUCCUGCCCAAGCAGAACCGCCGAGGGGGGAGCCUUGGAAGCCUGCUGGACGGGGCAGCCGACUACUGGAGCUCCGACUUGGACCACUCCAGUUCCGGGCCAGCGUACUCCAUCUCCGACGUGGAGGGGGACCCAAAUUCCAAGCAACCCAGGAAGAAGAGGGGCCGCUAUCGCCAGUACAACAGCGAGAUCCUGGAGGAGGCCAUAGCUGUAGUGAUGAGUGGGAAGAUGAGCGUGUCCAAGGCACAGAACAUGUAUGGGAUCCCUCACAGCACCCUGGAGUACAAGGUCAAGGAGCGCAUGGGAACACUGAAGAAUCCCCCAAAGAAGAAGCUCAAGCUGAUGAUGAAGAUGGAAGCAGGAGGCCAGGAUUUUCCCACCGAGUCGGAGAACACGCCUACUGCUACUCCACGAGAUGACGGCCCGCCGCUAGCAGCUGCUGAGCUCCAGGACAAUGUAAAAGAAGAGAUUGAAGACAAUUUCAAACCGAUCGACUAAACGGCUUACACAUGUAAACCUCAGUCAAAUGACUUAAGUAAUUUGAAAAUGGAUGGGGCUUUAUUUGUGCCAAUUUACUUUGCAGUAUCUGGGUGAGCACAAAUGCAGGGAUAAUAUGAGGAGGAUUCUUUAAACAAACUGGAGAGAAACAACUAAUCGGACGUUUUUUAACGGGCGUCACUUGAGCGACGCUGUACAAGCAUUUGUUCAGCUUUUAUAUCCAGGGGCUUAACAAAUGCAGCUAAUGACAUUAGUUAAAUGACAAUUAAUGAAAUUACCUUAAGCAUGCUGAUAAUCCCCAGCCCAAAAACCCAAUCUCCCCUCUUUUCUGAACUUGAUACCCAGAAGCGUUGCUGCUUAUGAAUGCAGUUUGGGCUUUGGACAAUUCUGAUUUGGGGAAAAAAAUGUUUGAGAAAUUAACUCCCUAAAAAAACUGACAAAUUCGUCCCUUUACCACUCCCCUCUCUCGCGGAGUACUAGCUGAAAAUUGGUAAGUGAACUGUCUAUUACAUUUGAAACCAACUGUAAGGUUUAAUCAUACCAUUGAUAUUCCUCACGAGGGUUCUGAAUCAAACCCAUUCUCUUAUUGCCAGGUAGCCAUGACGCUUUAACUGCAAACUUUUUCUUUCCUCCUUAAAGUACUCUGCUAAUCUCUGUGCGGACGAAAGCAACAUUAACCCGUCCUUUUUUUGAACGAGAAAAGACACACAAAAGUCAUUCAGGGAUGCAUGUUUGUGAGUUUCGUGGACACUACUGACUUCUAUAAUCGACUUCUUCUCCUCUAUCUUUUCGUUUGAUUUGUUUUUGCUUUCUUUUGCACGACACUUUGGGUCUGGCGCUCGCAGACCAGGUUACCUCGGCAUUGUUGCCCAUGCAUCAUGCACUUAUUAUGGUCUGUCACUGAAGCCCAGUCACAACCUUGCAACAGGUCAGAGGUGCACAUCGCCUGCACACGCUGAUUCAUAUUCAGACGCAGGAGGCUCAUUAGCCCUCUUUUUUGCCAAGGGACAAGUUGAGGGGUAAUCUGACUAUGAAUCAGCUGUUUUUAGGGCAGAAUGCUACCUCAUGGACCUCCAUCAUUCUCUCACUGCUGAUCCUGGAAAGCCGGAGCCACCUGCAGGUUAACCUCUGAACGAUGACCGAAGUGAGCUCCCCUCACGGUGAUCUUUGCUGGAUGAAGGCCUUUUAGGAUCAGAAUGUGAAACUGUGCUGCUAUCCAGUUCAUUAUCUAGCUCCUAUGAAAGGCUUUAGCUAGCCUGAGCUAAUGAAUUUUAGCUUGUCUUAGCUAAUAACAUAAUGCUGAUGAGUUUUUCUUUUCCUUUUCUAAUCAAGCUAAGUAGAAGCGGCUUAGGUGAUGAGUUUUAAAGAUAUUCUUCUCCCUCAAACUUCAAAGACAGUUUCAAAGGCAGUUUACUACAAUGAUGUGCAUUUAUAGUGGGGUGUUAAUUUUAGGGUGGCGGGUGGGAAAUAUGCAGUGGGGUGGGGUAGAUGAUAGGUUAGGGAAAGGCAGAUUUUAAUAUAUUAUAAGUUAUUAUGACUGACUAUGUAAAAGCCAAUUCAUGAUUCGGGGUGUUCUGUUUUUCUCCUCAUUAACUCAGGGUGACUGAGACAGAAGAUGUGGGUUACAAAUAUGGUAAUUUCCUGUUGGACCUAUAGUAAACAGAGCAGAGGACAGCCACGCCUCUCAGUAAUGCUUGUCUGUGGGAUGGCCACAUGAUUUAAAACGGCAGAUAGACCUGCUAAAAAAAUCAUGAAAAAGACCAGAAAACACCGAAGUUGGGUUUGUGGAUUUAACUUAUGGCGCUAAACUUUGAAAAUAGCACUUUUCAAAAAUAAGAGAAAAAAAACAAGAGAGAAAGAAAGUUUGAGGUUACGCCUGUAGUGUAGCUCUUCUCUGGGGGAUAUGGAGCGACGAGGAGGGCAGAGAGAUGGAAUAAAUAAGCUUUAGUGUGUGAAGACUUUCAGAAAGGUGCAGCUUGGACCCAAACUACUCUUUUUUUUCCUCUCAAUUACCUCCACGAUUUAAAAAAAAGAAAAAAAAAGAAAAAAGAUUUAAAAAAAAAAGGUUGACAGCUUGAACAAGUUCAGUUUUGUGUAGUGUCGUCUCGUUGUUUUCCCUCCCCUCGCCGCUAAAUGUUGCUCUUCGCUCCUAACACUGCCUGGUGCUCACCCAGUCUGUGAGAUUUUAACACAAGAAUUGUAACUCUCUGCUCAGAUGAAAUGAUGAUGAUUCACUCCUUUUGAAAUGUAUUGUACAUUUUAUUUAUUUGAUUUGUUUUCUUUUUUUUAUUUUGGAUUAUUCUGUUAAAAAUGGCAUGCACCACUUAUUUGGCUGAUUUUGGGGUUGGGCCAAUACGAUAUAUAAUGUUGAAUAUUUCCACACCACUAGUCUUGCACCACAGAUGCUAAAUAUCACACUAAGUUAUGAAUUAAUCACAAUCUAAUUAAAAUUAGAAUCACUGACUGGCUGUUGCAUACAAUCUUAUCUUCCCCCCACUGUGGUUAUUGGUCUAAGCUUUGAAGCUCCCUUGCCUUGAUUGUUUUGGCAUGCACAGCCAAAUGAAAAAGCUCUAGAACAGACUCGUGGAACAAGAUAUUACCAGGAGUCAAUAUGCAUGAAAUGCGUCCAACACUUUGACAAUGCCGAGCAUUUGAAGUGUCUAAGAGGUUGUUGUGUGCAUCAAUUAGGACCCAGCGAAAGACAAUGCACAGAUCUGAUAGUUAAAACAGGAUCGAAGUCCCAGUGUUGAGAGUAAAGCACUUGUUACGCCUCUGAUAAAAGGCAUGAUAGCUGCUCACUUAGCCUGCUGUGAAUAAGAGUCGGACAACACACGAUUCACAGUGUCCCCUCCUUGAAGAAAACCAACAAAACGAACCUAUGGCAAUCUGCCUGUUAGCUUCUUUCAUGUAAUGCAUGUAAAGCAUGGAUUUGUGCUAUAAAUAAAAAAAGAAAA